GGGGAUCGGCGAGCGGCGCGGAUGGCGCAGAGCUGGGCCGGCUUCUCGGAGGAGGAGCUGAGGAGACUGAAGCAGACGAAAGAUCCGUUUGAGCCACAGCGGCGUGUCCCUGUGAAGAAAAGUCGGCAGCAACUUCAGCGAGAAAAAGCUGUUUUAGAGCAAAGCCAAAAACUUGGUCUUCAGGAUGGCUCGGCCUCGUCACCUCCAGAGCAGCUGCUCUCUGCGCCGAAGCAGAGACCUGACACUCGCAAAGCACCUGCUCCGGGCCCUCCUCCCAGCGCUCUCACCCACACCACUCCCGUGUGCGCUGCAAAACCUCUGCCUAGUGAGAGCCAACCAAGGGAAACCAGACUUGAAAAUUCCCAUGAUGGUCACAAGAAUGUUGAGGUUUUACCUCCCAAAGCAGAAUGCAAAUUGGAGAAAAAGACAGUGGAAUUGCAAGAAAAAUCUCGUUGGGAAGUCCUCCAAGAAGAACAACGGCUAAUGGAAGAGAAAAAUAAACGUAAGAAAGCCCUGUUGGCUAAAGCUAUUGCAGAAAGAUCUAAAAGAACUCAGGCAGAGACUGUGAAACUGAAGCGGAUCCAGAAGGAGUUACAGGCGUUAGAUGACAUGGUCUCCGCUGACAUUGGAAUCCUCAGGAACCGGAUUGACCAGGCCAGCCUCGACUACUCACAUGCCCGGAAGCGUUUUGACAGGGCUGAGGCAGAGUACGUUACAGCAAAGCUGGAUUUACAGCGCAAGACUGAGCUCAAAGAGCAACUCACCGAGCAUCUCUGCACGAUCAUACAGCAGAAUGAGCUUCGGAAGGCCAAGAAGCUGGAGGAAUUGAUGCAGCAGCUGGACGUGCACGCUGAUGAGGAAGCAUUGGAGCUUGAGGUGGAAGUGGAAAAGAUGCUUCAUGAACAAGAAAUGGAAGCAAGGAAACAAGUGGCUCAUCUGGAGAGGCCACUUCCCCCUGCUGGGGAGAGUCUGACUGUGGGAUUUGCGGAUGAGAACAGGAAACCUCAAGAACAAACCGCUUCCCCAAAGACACAUGAACAGUGUGAAAGUUCCAGUAGCAUUCCUGUUAGAGCAGGCUAUCUAGAACAAGAAGCUAAUCAUAUUUCCACUGUUGGGACCACAUGAAGUACCAGAGUUGUUUUUAAAGUUCAUAUAGAUAUCUAUAAAGUGUGCUUCCUAGGAGAGAUUUUACCCUGUACCUCUGCUAAACGACUGGUUACAACUGCGUUCAUUUUUGAAUCCAUGAUUGCUAUUAGUAGGUUAACUUAUUUGAGAAUUCUGGUCCCAAAUUAUGAUAAAUUUGUAUCAAAGGAUAUGUUCAAUAUCUUCAGAAUUCCUUUUAUCCUUAUUACUGGGUGAAAAAAUAUGUUAUUUACAAGGACCAGAGAAAACUGACAUGAUUGGAGUGUCUUUAGACCAAGUAAAUAUAGAAAAGCAGGUUGAAAAAUGAUACUUAAAACACAGUCAAAUGCAUUUUCCCUUUCCUGGGAGAAGUGUUGAAGAUGGAAGUCAUAUUUUGUGUAAUCAGUAAGCAGAUAGAAAAGUUACUUUGUGAAAAAGAGUUGCUGGGGGGAAAAUGUCACAAAUUGGAUUGCUAGAGUUGCAAGGUUUUAUUUUACAGCCAAACAUUUGCUUAAUUGAUACAUGGGCACACAUGCAUGUGAACACACUAGAUGUAAUUGCACUGUUUAACAUAUUGCCUUGUUUAUUAAACACUGAAAGGUUUCUCAAGGCUGAAAAUGAUUUCGAAAUUCUUACUGCUACUUCUUAUCCAAAAACAUCACUGUAUUGUCUUUCUGUAGUUAUGUGUAAAUAUGUGUUCUACAAGUUGGACAGAAAUGAUAAAUUGUCUUUGUUGUAAAGCAACAUAUGGUAUGAUGCUUGCUUGCUUUCUGUGGUAAUGUUUUGUUAAUGAUGUAAUAUUAAUGGUUGGCCACUACAUUAUACUAAGUGCAAAUGUGUAAAUUUUGUAAUUUCUUCCACAGAAAUCUUUGGAUAUUACACUAAAUUAUAUCAGAAGUCCAAGAAAGUAAAAAUAACACAUCUUAAUUCCUUAAAGCAGGGAAUCAUAAAUGAAGCGAAGAAUAAAUAUAAUAAUUCAGGAGCCAUAAUACUUUCUGAAAAUGUUAUGGACAUCCAGUUUUUAAAAUGGGUUUAUUUGAGGGUAUAUUCUGGUAAUAUCAAUGAGUAUUUUUAUAUAAUUUGAAUUUGAAGUAUAACUUCUGUAAACCUAAGCGUAUAUAUAAUUAUGUUUUUAUUCAUAAGUGACAUAGAAAUUGAAUGUUUCAUUACCCAAAACAUUCUUUACUUUUCUAAGGAAUAAACUCUGAUGUAUUGAUAAAA